AUGAGCGCUCGGGGGUCACCGAGGGCGAUUUCGUCGGUAGCCGUACCACCCGAGGAUAUCCGAUUGUCCCCAGCUCUAUCCGGGAUCAACGUACUAGUUUUCGCAAACCUCAGCUGGACGCACUUGCCGGAUCUCCGCGGCCUCAAUAGGCUCGUCGAAUUGUUUGCCUUCCGGUGUUCGUUGGACGAAGUACCCGCAGCGCUCUCCUCGGGUGACAGCGCUUCUUCUCUUGUUAUUCUCUCCUUGGCCGGGAACAAGCUGAGAAGAAUUCCCGAGCUUGCUUUCGAUGGUCAUUACAAUUUGGAGAAGCUCAUCAUCAGUAGGAACCGGAUAGAUUAUAUUCAUCGACGAGCCUUCGAAUCUCUAGCCUCGUUGAAAGUCUUAGACCUGAGUCACAACAUGCUGAUCUCCAUUCCUGAUUGCCUGGCUCCUCUGAAACAACUGAGCGAAUUGAUCCUCACCAAUAACCGCAUUUCCUACGUUGGCGAGCGGGCUUUCUCAUCCUUCACACAUCUUGUCGUCUUGGAGCUUGCGGACAAUCCUUUGGAUUCUUUCCAUCGCAAUGCUUUCGCUGGCAUUCAGAAGUUGAAGCGCCUAAUGCUGAAACAAGUGCCAAACCUUGAAUAUUUCCCCAACUUCAAUGGCACUGAUUCCCUCGAGCAGCUCCGACUGAGUAGAGCACGCCUAAGAGCGUUGCCUCCGAAUUUGUGCGAAGUUCUGCCAAAGCUCAAAAUUCUGUACUUGAUGUCGAACAAUCUGAGCGCCAUACCCAACUUGGAGCAUUGCCGUGAUCUGCUCAUACUUGACUUGACUUACAACCGGAUAAGCUCCAUUCCCUCGAAGGCUUUCUCCACGCUCAGUAGUCUACGUGAUCUCAACCUCGGAAAUAAUUUGAUCGCUGAAAUCAACAAAGAUACAUUCGCUGGGCUCCGUAGACUUCAAGUACUAGCGUUGGAGAAGAAUAAGAUCAGCUAUAUACACAGUGACGCCCUGUUACCGUUGACAGCUCUGGAAGAUCUGAAUCUGGCCGAGAACAGCUUUCCGCAGCUUCCCCAUGCGGGCUUGACGAAUCUUCGUCGAAUCGCUGUUUCGAACAACCCAAAUCUGCGAGACUUCCCCCCGCCGGAAUCCUUCCCACGCAUCACACGUCUUUACCUGUCAUAUUCGUAUCACUGCUGCGCAUACACGGAACCUAACGAAGAUUCAAUACUUGGUUCUGGCUUCCGAUUCAACGGCCCAAGACCCGAGAAAAAAACGACGGUAGCACCCGACACCAUCUUGUGGCUGAAAGAGGGAUUCGGGGAUAAAAUUGAUUUCGGCGAAUGGAACAGAUCGCAUGAAAUCGGUUAUCUCGAAGGCAAUUCAUCCGAAAAGUUCCCGGAGUUUGCUCGCGCGCUUUUCAAAGUGUUCGGCCCCGACUACAUAAUUCCCGACAACCUAGCUCAGUACGCAGAGGAAUAUCUAGAGGAUUAUAAAAGCACUGUGGAGUCCCCUGAAUCCCACCGCAUCCCUAUCACGUGUUUACCCGCACCGACUCCGUUCAUGCCCUGUGAAGAUCUCUUCGGAUGGUGGACCCUCCGAUGCGGUAUAUGGGUGGUGUUUCUGCUCGCAUUGCUGGGAAACGGACUCGUUGUAGUCGUGCUUUCAUUUGGUCGCUCUAAAAUUGAUGUACCUAGAUUUCUGGUGUGCAAUCUAGCGAUGGCUGACUUUCUCAUGGGAAUAUACUUGGGGUUCCUCGCAGUGGUCGACGCCUCUACCCUCAAUGAAUUCAAGUUCUACGGAGUCGCGUGGCAAACGUCAUUCGGUUGCCAACUCGCCGGAUUCUUCGGAGUAUUAUCGUCAGAAUUAUCUGUAUAUACGUUGGCUGUCAUAACAAUGGAGCGAAACUAUGCCAUAACUCAUGCCAUGCAUCUGAACAAACGUCUAUCGCUCAAGCACGCCACGUACAUCAUGUCAAUCGGCUGGAGCUUCGCGCUGAUCAUGGCUAUCCUUCCAUUGUUCGGCAUCAGCGAUUACCGCAAAUUUGCUGUAUGCCUUCCUUUCGAAACCGGCGAUCAAGCGUCGAUGACAUAUGUCGUAUCUCUGAUAGCGGUCAACGGCGUGGCCUUCCUCAUUCUGAUGGGAUGCUAUCUCAAGAUGUACUGCGCAAUUAGAGGAUCUCAAGCGUGGAACUCCAAUGACUCCCGUAUCGCGAAACGGAUGGCUCUCCUAGUUUUCACCGAUUUCCUCUGCUGGGCUCCGAUAGCCUUCUUCUCUUUGACCGCCGUGUCCGGCAUGCACUUCAUCAACCUCGAAGAAGCUAAAGUCUUCACGAUUUUCGUUCUGCCUUUGAAUUCCUGUGCCAACCCAUUCCUCUACGCUAUUUUCACUAAGCAAUUCAAACGCGACUGCGUCCUGAUCUGUAAACGCAUCGAAGAAUCACGCGUCACCCGAGGGAUUGGAAGGUGUCGGCACUCGUCGAAUUUCUCCAAUCGGCACACGCUGGUCAAUACGAACUCAGCAGGCGAGCGGAAGAGUGUCUCGAACGAGCAUCACUGUCAGUGCCAAUGCGGCAUGAUCAAAAGCAUCACUAGGGACCACCUCAUAUCCUCGGAAAGUGGAUGGAAGAUGUUCGCUCGCAAAUAUCUCUUGUGCCAAGAGAUCGAAUCAGAAACAGAAUAUAAUGCCUACAACAUGGCCCUGGUCCGAAUACAGCGGAAUCUGGAGCGAGGAGCCCAUAGAACGUCUUCAAUCAGCUCCGAAAACUUCAGUUCGAGAUCAGACAGCUGGCGACAAGGAAGCAUACCGUUGCGAUUGUUGGACCGCGUCAAUGGUCAGAGGAAGGGCGCCAAGUUGGUGAAGCGCAAAACAUCUCAGGAUUCGAGCAUAAGCUGUAGCCGUCAGGAUUCCUCGACAUCGACUGUCCGGAUGACAUCGAGGUCCUCAGUGAGCAGCGGUGAGGCGAGCCAAUUGCUCCGAAACCUUCAUUUCGGCCACGGUCAUUCCCAUGGAAGUCUCCCUAUGCACCGAGGAGGUGAACCCAUCGGUCGCGGAAUGGCCGCCCAGCUAACUAAGCCCCUCGAUCCCACACUGCAACGUUUGUAUCGUGCACCCACCACAACCAAUAAACCUCAACUGUGCCGUCAGUUGGCAAUGGACGACGGCUUUCGCAACUUAUCGAAUAACUCGGCCUGCCAGCAGCAUCAGCCCAGUAGAUCAACGCCAUCUGAUCUUCGUCGCUUCAAGGCCGAGCAACUCUGCUCGCUGUGCGCUCGGAAGGAGCUAAGUCUCAUGAAUUCUCUCAGCUCAACAGCACCGAGGAGCAAAGAUGAUAUCAAGUUCAAUUGCUACUACAGUAGAUUGACGGAAACUAGCCGCGAAGACUCUUCUGAAAAUAAUUCGAAAGAUGACCAGCAUAUGACUAUUCCUGAACAAAUCGACGAUCAUCAUCACCACCAUCAUCAUCAUCAUCAUGUCAAGAAUAUUGACACGAAUAACACCAAUUUCGAUAAUACUAAUUCAAACUCCGACGGAGAUGCUCAUGGCCAUUCAAUUCCGAGCACGGCCACAACCGGAGUCACGUCGUCCGACGGCAACAGUUACCCCGAGCCUCUCGAGAUCUCCGAUGACAUUCAAGGAGGAGGGAUGACAUCAGAGUCGUCGUUUCGCGACGAGCGGCACGACGACUUCACUUCUAGCAACAAAAAACGAAAACACUACAUAAGUGUCGAUGAUAUUAACGCCAAAGAGUUUCGUUUUCCAACAAGAGCUAGUCGUAAAACGGCCUCUGACAAUUCUCUGAAAAAACUCUCGCUCCGAAACCUGCCCCAAUUCCUACGACAAUUGUCUAGUCAAAGUCCGCGAGGGUCGACUCAGAAAAUCGGUCACACGAUGGGUGGAUCCGUGCUGGGUCAAAAUCUGAACUUACCAUCGAGCGGCCUGCCAUCGUCGAAAAGCGAUACCGGCAUCGCUCAGAAAGACGAAUGGGGAGGAAGCCUGCAGCCUCACACCGAGCAAGAAGCCAGUACUGACUCCGAAUCGGACCAGUCUGAGAUACGCUUCGUCGCCGCACCGUCGAUAGCGAUCCAAACGUCGCCACAAUUCGCCGAUUGCGAAGAAAACGACGACGUCGCCGAACUUUCUCCUCUCAUAUGAUAAUCUUCCCUCAGUGCGACCACGUCACAGUUGAGUUUCUAGCUCUAGCGAGUUCUGGCGUUAGUGUUAGUAGCCUGUCGAUUUCAUCCCCCGAUCAUACCUCCCUCAUACAAGGAGUCGCCUCACAACCAGAUUGCUGCGCUGCAACUUUCGCUGGAAAUCUUCUAUCAGAUACGUAAUGCACUGUAUACCGCCCGAAAUAAUGAAAACGUUGACGAUCGAUCUCGACCAAUUUCACGACCCCCUCGAAGCACUCUUGCGAAUGAGACGGCACUGAACGGACACGUUCGCUCUGUGUGAAUACCUGAGAGAGAUGAGGCACGCGUCCGGAGCCGGGGAUGCAUACAC